AUGAAUUCUGUCAUUCCCGAUGUAUUAAAAGAAGGAGCACAAGAAGAUAAAGGAGAAAUAGCGAGAUUGCAAUAUUUUGUUGGUGCAAUAGCAGUUGGUGAUUUAGUAAAAAGUACAUUGGGUCCUAGAGGAUUAGAUAAAAUAUUAACUCCAUUAAAUAUUGAAGGAGCAAGAACUCAUCAACAUACUGUAACAAAUGAUGGAGCAACAAUUUUAAAAUCUGUUUGGUUAGAUAACCCCGUUUCUAAAAUUUUAGUAGAUGUUAGUAUGCAACAAGAUAAUAAAUGUGGUGAUGGAACUACAGGAGUGGUUGUUUUAGCUGCAGAAAUGUUGAGAAAUGCAGAAAUACUAAUUGAGAACAAAAUACAUCCACAAAUAAUUUGUGAUGGUUUUAGAAUGGCCUUAAAAGUUGCAAGAGAAGCGUUAUUAGAUUCAUGCUUUAGUCAUGAUAUAACUUCUGAUUUAUUUAAAGAAGAUCUUUUAAAAAUUGCUAGAACUACUUUAUCUUCUAAAUUAUUAACACAUGAAAAAGAACAUUUUGCUAAUUUGGCAGUUAAUGCCAUUUUAAGAAUUAAAGAUAAUUUAAAUUUAGAUUUAAUUCAAGUUAUUAAAAAAACUGGAGGAACUAUUAAAGAUUCUUACUUAGAAGAUGGUUUUAUUUUAGAAAAAAAAAUAGGAAUAAACCAACCAAGAACAUUAACAGAUUGUCAUGUUAUGAUUGCAAAUACACCAAUGGAUACCGAUAAAAUAAAAAUUUAUGGAACUAAAGUUAAUGUUCAUAGUUUUGAGGAUGUUCAAGAUUUAGAAAAUGAAGAAAAAUUGAAGAUGAAAAAUAAAGUAGAAAACAUUAUAUCUCAUGGAUGUAAUGUAUUUAUAAAUAGACAAUUAAUAUAUAAUUAUCCAGAACAAAUAUUUAGAGAGAAUAAUGUUAUGACAAUUGAGCAUAGUGAUUUUGAUGGAAUGGAAAGAUUAGCUAAUUGCUUAGGUGCAGAAAUAGCAUCUACAUUUGAAAGAGAUUUGAAAAUACAAUUAGGUUAUUGUGAAAAAAUUGAUGAAGUUAUAAUAGGAGAAGAUAAAUUAAUUAGAUUUUCUGGAUGUAAAAAAAAUGGUGCAUGUACAAUUAUUCUAAGAGGAGCAUCAACUCAUAUAUUAGAAGAAAGUGAAAGAUCAUUACAUGAUGCAUUAGCUGUCUUGUCAGAAACUAUGAAAGAUAACCGUGUUGUUUUAGGUGCUGGCUGUUCAGAAAUGUUGAUGAGUAAUGCUGUUGAUAAUUUGGCUAGGACAGUAGAAGGAAAAAGAAGCUUAGCCAUUGAAGCUUUUGCAAAAGCCUUAAGACAAAUUCCUACUUAUAUUUUAGAUAAUGGUGGUUUUGACAGUUCAGAAAUUGUUAGUAAAAUCAGAGCACAACAUACUAAAGGAAAUAAAUAUGCAGGUAUAGAUAUUAACAAUGGUGAUGUUGGAAAUAUAAUGGAAUUAGGAAUAUAUGAAUCUUAUAAUUCAAAACUAUCUCAACUAACUUCAGCUACUGAAGCAGUUGAAAUGAUAUUACGUGUAGAUGAUAUAAUUAAAUGUGCUCCAAGAAAAAGAACAGGAGUUUAA